GCGGGGGGGAGGGAGGAGGCCGCCCCCCUCCGCGGUGGGCUUCGGGGAAGAUGGCGGACGGCGCGGGCAGCAACGGGGACGCCGUGGUGGUGGCUGUGCCCGUGGGGAAGGCGGCAGUGGACCGUAUGAUCCAGGACAAGAACCACCUGUUCACCUCCACCCAGUGUAAAGUGUGCAGCGCCCUGCUCAUUUCCGAGUCCCAGAAGCUGGCCCACUACCAGAGCAAGAAACACGCCAACAAAGUCAGGCGGUAUCUGUCCAUCCACGGUGAGGAGGAGUUUACCCAGGGGAAGAGGAUGAAGAUGGAUUCCUCACGGGAGGGCGGCCGAGCCGAGGACAGGAACAAAUGCUGCCCUGUCUGUAACAUGACCUUUUCCUCGCCCGUCGUGGCCCAGUCGCACUACCUGGGGAAGACCCACGCCAAGAACCUGAAGCUGAAGCAGCAGCAGCCACAGCAGCAGCCCCCCCCACACCACACCGAAGCUCGGGCGAGGCUCCCCACCAGCCCCCCCUCGGCCCCCGCCAGCACGCCCUCUCUCGAGGUGAGCCAGGACCCGUCGUCCGAUCCGGACCGGUUCUGCCGCCUGUGUCACGCCACCUUCAACAACCCCACGGUGGCCCGCCAGCACUACGUCGGCAAGAAGCACAAGAAGCAGGAGACCAAGCUCAGGCUGUUGGCUCACUACGGACACAGCCCAGACUCCCCUGUGGCUUCUUCCGCUGGGAAGGGUUACCCCUGCAACACGUGCCACCUAGUCCUCAACUCCAUUGAGCAGUACCUCGCCCACGUCAGCGGCUUCAAGCACAAGAACCAGACGCCGGGAGCGGGGCCGGCCCCAGGGCGCUUCGCCAGGCAGCAGUACGUGCAGGAAGAGCCGACCACCCCGGGAGGUUACAGCUACUUCAGCCAGGACUUCUAGAGCAAGGGGACGAAGGCGCUUCUCCCCUCCGAACCGCAGCCGCCUGCCCGGAACACACGACUCCCGCGGGCUCGCGCCCGCCCCGCUCUCCGGACGGCGGGCGGCCAGCCCGGGGAGGUCAGGCUUCCUAAACUGAUCGGCUGGAGGCGGCCCGCUAGCCACGGUGAGCUGCCGGGUCGGCGCCUCGGCCCGGGAGUCCCUCGGGCACACGGGCGGGCGGGCGACCCUUCUCACCCGCCAUCUGGUCCCCCUGUGCCGUCUCCCCUGGCCUUCUGUGUCCAGCACAGCGUUCUGUUCUUGACCGAGUGGAAGACCAGAAGGAUUCUGGGAGCCCUGGCUGGUGCCCUCUAGUAGCCUCCCUCGGGAGUUGGGAUUCUUGUUCCCAGGGAGCUCGGGCGGGCGGAAGGAAGUGCAGAGACCCUCCCCCAUCAUUACUCCCCCUCCCCCGCAACCCGUUCCCACAGCCUGCACUUCCCCGCCCUGGGACGUUCCCAGCGCCUUGGGGUUGUGUAGUCUCCCCAGGCGACAGCUGCUGCCGGCAGGGGGGCGUCAAGCGGGGGGGCGUCAAACGGGACAGGUGGGAGAGUGCCCCCCCCCAGCAGCCCCCUCUUCGGCCCAGCCCCCGCCCGUCAGGAGGGUCUCUGCCCCACCAGGAUUCGUUUGCCGCUGCUGGAAGAUUGGUCUCCCAGCUGGAGAGCGGACACGGGCCGACCGAGGGGCUUUAGAGGGAGGAGGGGGCCCCGCCGAUCCCGUUGUCUCGCGCUGGCCAGGCUGAGGUCCUGUGGUCACGAGGAGCACACGGCUGUUGGUGCGGGGAGGAGGAGACACCACCCCCACAUACCUCCGCUCCUGAGGGGUUCGCUGAGUUUUGCCCCCCUCCACUUCCUCCAUUACCCUGCCUGCGUCGCGGCCAUUUCGGUGAGGAUCUGCCAGGCUGCCUGCUUUAGAGGAGGUUGCCCAUCGAGCCCCUCCGUCGCAGGGAGGCACCUCCCUGGGGCAUGGAGGGAGAAAGAGCGUGCCGUUGGCCACAAGGGCCCCUGGGCACAUGGGUCAAGGCCCCGAGGGUGGGCAGUUGCGCACUGGGAGGGGUGGAGGCCCUGGCAGAGAUGGGUGGGUUCACUCAGUCCUGCUUGGUGCAAGUCUUUCCAACAAUAGAGUGUGUUUCCUAGA